CGGACCCGCCGUAGCUCGCGCCGCCCUCCCGGCCUGCAGGCCCCGCCCCCGGACGUCGCCCCGCGCGCCCCGCCCCGUGCGCACCUCGCGGGAGGGGACGUGGCCCCGCCCCGACGUCGCUGCGUACGCGGGUCGCCGGCGCCCGAGGACCCCGCGCGCCGCGUGCUUCCGCCGGGACCCAGAGCCCCGCCCCUGCGUCGCCCCGCGUCGCCCCUGCCGCUCUGCCGCCGCAGCCAUGUGGGCGGUGACGCCCCGCCGGUGCGGGUUUGGCGAGGGGCUCCGGGCGUUCCUCCGCGGUGGCCACGCGGCUCUCCCUCCGGCCGGGGCGCGGGCCCUGCGUGGCUCCCCGGUCUCCUGCGGCAAGAACCUGCUCAAGAAAUUCGCUUCGAAAACCAAAAAGAAGUUUUGGUACGAAGGUCCUUCCCUGGGGUCUCACUUGAUGUACAAGCCGUCCCGGCUGGAGUUCCUAACGAAGAGCUCCGCGAGGAAGACCAGGGCGGACGAGCACGUGCGCCUGCGGGCUCUGAACGGCCUCCUCUACAAAGCGCUCACGGAACUGCUGUGCACCCCGCAAGUGAGCCAGGAGAUCUGUGACCUGAACGUGCAGCUCUCCAAGGUGUCUCUGACCGCAGACUUCUCCGCCUGCCGUGUGUACUGGAGGACCGAGGUCCCCGCCGAGCAGAAUGCAAGCACGGAGGCCGUCCUGCAGAGGAGUGCCGCCCACAUGAGGCACCUUUUGAUGUCCCAGCAGACCCUGAGGAACGUGCCGCCAAUUGUGUUCAUUCGGGACAAGGGAAACGCAGCUCUGGCAGAGGUUGAGCGGCUGCUGGCUGUGGCCGAUCUGGGACCCCGGGAUGAGAAAGAAGACUCCGUGCAAGACGACAUCGGCGGCGCCAGGGCCUGGGACGCUCCUGCUCCGCGAGGCACCCCGACCUCUGCCACGUGCUCAAGUCUGUGUGGGAUCGAUCAUGAGGCGCUCCACAAACAGAUCAUGGAAUACAAGAGGAAGCAAGGGCACAGGACUGCGAGUCCUGAGGAGUCCCGGCCGACGGCUGGUCUGGCGGCGGAGACGAGAGAGGGGAAGGUGUCCGAUCGUGCCCCAAACGCCAUCCUCACGGUCGGUCUGCUGAAGAGUCCAGUUUCCCUGGGACAGGAGCUCCGUGGUGUGCCCUGUCAGUCAAGUGAGCUGGGCGACAGACCUCGAGACGGCUGCCUGGAGAGGAGAGUGGGCUGCACACCGCGUUUCCCGGGGGCGGAGACGUGCCGCGCCGCUCAGGGCUCCUUAGGGAAGCCCCAGGCCCAGUCAGGACGCAGAGAGAAGCCGGGGCUUCUGCGGGAACAUGGAGCAUCAGAAACUAACCCAGGACCCUGCGGCGCCCAGCAGCCUGCUUACUGAUGGCCACUGUGCGUCCACGCUGCCCAAAGUGCCGGGGCCCCAGGGCCAGUGGGAUCGUGAGGUUGUGAGUUCUGUGGCACACACAUCGGGGGGCAUCGCUGCGUCUCAGAACUGGGUCCGGGGCUGGAGCAGAGGCAGAAGGAGCAGAGCUUUCAGGCCGGGAGCAGCCUGUGGUGGUUUCGAGCUGGUGUCCUCCACGGACUGGUCCUCCAGGGACAGACCCUCACCCCGCAGCGCCAGCACUUGUGUUCUUGAGGGCCAGGGGGCGUGACCGCCGGGCCACCCCUGCACUUCCUGAUGGGUGCCGCUGGCCGCGUGUACCGGGUGUACGGGUUGGGCAGGGACUCGGACGUAGCUGGCGUGCGGCCCUCUCUGCUCGGCUGUUUCAGAACUUUCUCUUACUAGACAGCGCGCGGGUGCAAGAGCAGAGGCGGGGGGCAGCAGGCUUCCUGCUGAGUCGGGGCUCAACCCCAGGACCCCGGGAUCAUGACCUUAGCCGGAGGCAGACGCUGCACCCACGGAGCCCCCUGGGAGCCCCUCACCGCUGAUGCUUUUAAGAGGACUUGGAGGUCCCCUUCACAGAGUUUCUGCGUCGGUGUGUGUAGAGGUGUGGGGAGUGGGCGUGGCUCCCCGGCGCCCUCCCCAGCCCUGCCUCCGGCUGGUCUCGCUGUUUCCUCUGCACAGGACGCUGCGGUCUGCCCAGGGGCCUGGCCGCGACCACAGCCCAGCCCUCCAACCUGCUGCGGAGCGACUGGAGAUCCUGGAAAGGACC